AUAUAUACCUCCAUGGGUAGUAGUAAUUUAGGAGGACAAGCGGCGUCCAAUUCCUCGCGCCCAGCUUUACACAAUCUUUAUUGUUUGAAUUCAGUAGCGAAAGGUGUUUUCAGUUGGUUUAAUUCCAAAGCGGAUUUUGUGAGAGACUUGGUUUUAAACGGUAGGGGUGAGUUGGCCGAAGAUGUAGUAUUCUACGAGAAAAGAAGGGGGUUUAAGAACCCGGACUUGUGUUUUCGCCAUAGUGUUAGCCCUAGAUGUGUUGUUCUAGGCUGGGAGGUCUGCCUGAAGCGGAGAUCGAAUGGGGUCUGUGCGGUCUUGGCAGGGAAAACCGAAAAUUUUUCCCACUGUUUGAGCCAGUAGUCGGUUUUUACCCUGUAGAUAGCGCGACGACCAAGGCCUGCGGCCUGGUACAAGUUAACCUAUAGGGUAAAUAGGCUGUGCUGAUUUAGUUAGUAGUGGUUUUACGGCUUAGGAAGCGCUCCUGGGGCGAUUCCUGUUGGGCCAAGGUGGUGUGAGACGAAUAUGGACUGGUAAAAAAAAUAAAAAUAAAAAAAAAAUAAAAAAAACCUUAUAUUUUAUGAGGGCUUUAAUCAAUAUUAACAAAGGACUUUAGUAGAUAAUUAAGAUCUUGCAUACAAAGAAAUAGCUAUUAUAUAGUUUAGUAAGCUUUUUUCGUUGAUUAAAACUAUUGGAUUUUAUGCAUCUGCAGCAUGUAUCAGCUCUCCGCCG